CGCGCCGCCUCUCUCGGGUUCACUCCCGCCCACUGCCCCCGCCCUGCUGGUCUUGGAGACAGGGGAGCACUGCCAAACAGCAACUCGCGCACAGGCCCGCUCUCGAGAUGGCUGCUGCGGCCGCCCUUCCCUCUGUUCAGGCGCUCCAGGCUGAAAUCGCCGCGCUGCGCGCCGACCUGGUCAGCGUGAGCGACCAGCUCGCAGCGGCACAGGCGGCCGCCGUGGAGGGCCUCGCCGCGCAGGAGUCGUCCCGUCGCCCGGUGGUGAUCUGCGUGGACCACGGCCUGUGCAACCGCCUUCGGGCUGUGCUGACGUACCGGCUGAUGGCGCAGAACGACGGCCGCGAGCUGGUCGUCGUGUGGAAGGCCGACGCAGAGUGCAACGGCCACUUUCUCGACUGCUUCCAGCCGCUGCCGGGCGUGCGGUUCGUGCGCGAGGCGCCGUCCUGGGCGCCGACGCCGGACCUGGUCAACAACGCGCACCCCGAGGUUGGCAUCGCAGACGAGAUUCAGGCGUACGAGUGCCUAGCGCCCACCGCCGCCAUCGCCGCGGCCGUGUCCGCGCGCGUGGGGCGGCUGUCGCCCUUUGUGGCGGUGCACGUGCGGCGGACGGACCUGCCGGGGUACAUGGGCGCCGCGUUCGCCGCCCGCGGCCAAACGAGCGACGCCGCCUUCGACGCCUUUCUCGGGCGGCACGCGGCGCACAACGUCCACGUCGCAACUUGCUGCGGUGCGACGCACCGCCGCUUCAGCUCCGUCUUCAGCCGGCGGGUGAGCGGCCUGCGGCCGCCCCAGUUUGCGGCUGGCUCGCUGCGGCAGACGGCGCUCUCCGACGCGGUGUGCGACCUCUUCACUUGUGCGGCGGCGGAGCACUUCCUGGGCUCGCACGGCUCCUCCUUUUCGGACGCGAUCGGACUGCUGCGCUCGCACAACCGGCGCGAGCGCGCGGCGAGGGCUGCGGGCGGCGCGGCGCUGAGGGCGGUGGAGAGCGCGGCGGCGAGCGCGGCAGAGAGCGCGGCAGAGAGCGCGGCAGAGAGCGGCGGCGGCGCCGCGCCUUGGGAAGCCUUUUACGUCAACCUCGACGCGCGCACCGACCGCCGCGAGCAGGUCGAGGCGACGCUGCGGCGAGGCGGGCUCGCAGCGACGCGUGUGUCUGCGCUGACGCCGGCCGACGAGGCGGUGCGGUCUGUGUCGCGGCGCAGUCCGGGCAGCGGCCUCGGCUUCCUCGCAAACGCGGCGUCGCACGAGUCCGUCUGGAGGCGCGUCGCCGCUCGGCCGCCGUCUGCACCCCUCUCGCUCGUGUUUGAGGACGACGUGCUGCUGCACCGUGAUUGGCAAGCGAUGCUGCGGCGCACGAUCGCCGCAGCCGAGGAGGCCGACGGAGAGGUCGACGUCGCCUUGCUCGACGGGCUCUUCAUCGUCGGCGAGGCGAGCGCGGAGUUGGGCUGGCUCGGACCGGCGGUGGAGGGGCCGCACCGCGCCGUCGGCGUCGCGAUGUCGUCGGCGUACGCGCUGUCAGCCGCGGCGGCGAGGUGGCUGCUGCAGCGGUACGCGGAGCGUCCUGGCUCGUCGACGGAGGCGUACCUGAUGCAGCUGCAGGAGGAGCGGCACCGCUGCUGGAUCCACACGCCGCGGCCCGCACUGCAGCGCUGGGACGAGGUCUCCUCCGUCAGCGCGAGCUCGCCCGCGUUGAUGCGGCGCUGGUACGAGGAGAACUACUUUGGGCGCUGGCCGAAGCGCUUGUAUGAGGAGCCGUGCGAGCCGCAGGGCGAUGCGGAAGACGCCUCGGCGUAGCAUUGACGGCGGCGCGUUGUCGUGGCUCCUCUGCUGCUCUCGGGGGCCGCUCCACCUGCACUGCGAUCGUCCUCAUACGGUACAACGUCCGACGACCAACGCCCCGCCAUGCCGCAUCGCUGGUGCGCGGCCGCACACAAGCGGAUAUAUUAAUUUCAAUUGGCGAGCGAGGAUCGUCGACUUUUGGCCGGGGGGCGCCAAGGGACAGCUCGUGGAUUAAAAGAGGAAGACAA